AUGUUCAGGACUAACAGCCCCUUCAGCCAUGAAACCAGCAGCUAUGCAGGAUCCAUCCCGUCCACCGGUUAUUCCACGAUGGAUGAGAUAUCAUCUCAGGUAUCAAGUCUGUCGAAGCCCAGCGCAAAGUCAAUUUACUUGCAGAGGAUGGAGUACGCAACGUCAAUAAACAAGAUGAUGGACAAGUUUCAGUACAGAGUGGAGCACUUAUUCACUUGUGACCUGGACGGGAGGGAGAUGAGGAACAUCAGAGACUGUGUGGAGCGUCUGAAGCUGCUGGAUGAGAUGGGUCGCGUGUGGGGUCAGAACAUGCUGCUGGAGCUGCGAGAUGCCAACCUGCUGCUCACAGACAUCGAAAGCAAGGAGGAGCUGGACUCUCUGGCUGUCAGCGACAUCCAGGAGCUGGAGGCUGUGCUGGACGCUGGCGGGUUUAACUCGCUGCUCACGGUGUCGGUCCAACAAAGGAGGAAACACACCACGAAGGUCUACCUGUUCCAGUGUGAUGAUAUCAGGGCUGAUUAUGUCCAAAAGAGUCUCUCACAAGCGCUGUUACGCAAGAGAGGGAACGCAGACAUCAGGAACACAGCGAAACCACCGUCUAAACCUCCUGCUGAGCCGGUGCCACAGUGGAUCGGUCCGGACUAUGAUGAGGAUUCGCCCGAGUCCGACCUGGAGGAUGACAGAACUUUAACAGAGGUUCCGACUCCGCCGCCCUCUUACCGUAUAGAACCUUUACCUCCUCGCCGGUACACAGAGCUGGACAGGAAUGUGGAUAUUUUGAAUCAUAUUUUGGGUGACAUAGAAAUCUUCAUGGGACAAGUAGCUGCAGCAGAAGCUAAAAAUGCAAAGAAGAAGAAGAAAAAGAAAAAAGGAAAAGUCAUAGAGGGCAUGCCACCCAGAGAAGAGUUUGCAACAUGUCUCCAUCAAGUCAAAUGUGGUCUCAACCUUCUGGGCGAGCUGAAAGGACAGAUCAGUAGCCCCAGUGCUGGUGACUUUGUCCACUCCUUCUUCUCCACCAUAGGAUUCGUGGUGUCUCACUGCCCUGAAGAUCUGCCGCCGUCCAUCGUGGCGCCGCUGCUGACGCCGUACUGCAUCCGUCUCAUGAGCGAAGAGGCGUCAACAGAGGAGGACACGCUGUGGCAGAGUCUGGGAGACGCCUGGAACAUCCCCAGCACCCAGUGGCCAGAGGAUGACGAGGACAUCCCAACCUAUACCCUGGAGUUCUCUGAUGGCUGGCAGCCUCCUGAAGUAAGUGCAGAACCUGAACCCAGUGAACCUGUGAGGAGACCAGCAAAUUCACCACCUGCUCCCAGGCAGCCUGAGAGGAGGCAGGAGAACCCGCCGCCUUCACCCAGGCAGCCUGAGAGGAGGCAGGAGAACCCACCGCCUGCACCCCGCCAGGUAAACUUUAAACCUCCAGGUAGCUUCCCAGGUGAGGGAAAGCAGAUGCGCGUGAAGCACGACUUCACGUCCAGAAACAGCAGAGAGCUCAGCGUCAGUAAAGGAGAAGUGGUGGAGCUGCUUGACAUGUCGAAGCAGUGGUGGAAGGUGAGGAACCGCAGAGGGGAGGAAGGAUUCAUACCCAACAACCUUCUGGAGUCUGAUGAGGACAAACCUGACGAGGAGGAGGUUUCUCCCGUCCUGACGAAGAAGGCCAAACCAGCAGAAGUGAAAGCCUGGCUGGAAGACAAGGGCUUCAGCAAAAUCACCGUGCGCUGCCUGGGUGUGCUGAGCGGCUCCAUGCUGCUGGGGAUGACCAGAGAGGAGCUGAAGUCGGUUUGUCCAGAGGAAGGCGGGCGAGUCUUCUACCAGUUACAAUUAGUGAAGUCCACCUUGGCUGUCGCCGCCUUAGAAAGAUCCCCUUGACAGUGAAGAGGACAUGAAGGAGGACGCAGGAGAAGGAGAUCUUCAGUCGGGAGAUGCUGUAAACCUUCAGCUAAUGUUCAGCAACACCAGGUUUACAGCGCGUUAGAGUUUAUUCUUGUUUGAAAU